GGAAUUUUUGGCAUGGUGAACAGUGAGCUCGCGCUAUUGUUCAUCGUGCCAGUUUCUUGACGGCGCGAACACAGCUCCCUCUCUUCGUCCAGAUCUUCCAUCCAGCUUGUCUUCGUCGGCGUGAAGUUCCUCAGCAACCAGUGAUCAGAUUCCGACCAUAGUGCUUCGCCAGAAAGAAGAUUUCGCGCAUGGAUUACUGUUCCUGCGAGUCGCACGUUUUCUCUCGGGUUGGAGCUUCUUUCCAGCGUCGCAUCUCCAGAAUCAGGAACCCCAGAAUGCGACAGAGCAGAACGCCUGAGUUCCGGGUUUGUUGAAGAUUUCUGUGGUUCGUUCAGUGAAUCUGAGUUCAUCUUGAAGCUUGAGGGAACCAUAUCGAUAACAGUUGGAGUGUUCUCUACUGUUCCCUUGUGUGACGGCAAGGAGAAGACAAGUUUGGUCCGAGAUUUGGGUGUAGAGAUGAUUAGCUUUCCUGAACUUUGUUUCUUAGCUUAGAUUAUCCUGUUCUUGAAAUUUUGUUCUUGAAUUUGUUAGUUUAUAGUUUGGAUUUAGUUGUAGUUUCAUUUUCUACAUGAAUCUGAUAUGCUUAGUUCUAUUUUUGUGUGCUGUCUAGUUCUGUUCAUGCAGCAGAAUUGCUACAAAUUUUGUUUUUCUUUGUUUGAUAUCAACAUUCUGUUUUAACCGUCUAUCCAUUGAUAAUUUAGUUGGAGUAUAGAAUAGAGAAUUUGUAGUGUGAUGAGUUAGAUGUGAUGUUAAGCUCUUGCAUGUUUUGGUUCUGCAGUUAAUUACAUUGAAUUCUGCAACUUGGUUCCCAUUUGGUCAAUUAAAGUAGUUAAGUGCAUUCAGUUCAGAUUAGUUUCAAAUAACCAAAGAUUAGUACUUAAGUUUGUCUAGAAAUAAGUUAGAAUAUGUGGUUUUCAUAAGUGAAAUUUGGUUGAAUUCUAUUUAAUGCAAAUGUGGUUUAAAUGUUUCAUUCCUAGCUUGUUUUAGAAUUCAUUGCUAAAAAAUUAACUAUUGCCAGCAAGUUCAAUUCUGUUUUCUUUUGCAUUUUAAAACCAAAUCCCCAUUUUAUAUCUAUAAAACCCAAAAAGAGUGUUCUUAAUCUAAGACAAGCAUGUUCUAGCAUAAUCCUCAAAAAUUCGACUCGUGCCUUAUACUAAAACAUUUCCUUGUGUAGUUGUGGCUUUUCGAUCAUAACAUUAAUUUGGGAGUUUAUUUGUGACAUCGAAUUUGAUAGCUACCAAAUUUUGGCGCCGUUGCCGGGAAACUUUAAAACUUUGCUAGAUUUGUUUGUUUGUUUUGGAUUGUGAAUAAUUUUCUCAGAUUUAGUUUGCUGAUUUUUUCUGAUUUAAUUGAAUAUCUACUGAAUUUUGAUUGUUGAAUUGCUUGCAUGACUAGGUAUUCCUUUGCAACAUUGCUUGAACUUGACCCGGAGAUUGAGAGAACCUUUUGGGCUUUAAGAAGACAAGCUAGGUCAGCAGCAACUUGUGAGGGCAGAAUUUCAGAGAUGGAUAAUCAGAUAACAGAAGGGGAUCGAAUUAUGAAAGAGCUUGCAGCACCAGAUGUGGCUUAUAAGUACUCAUGCAUCACUUAUCCAGAUUUGGCAGGAGAGUUUGAACUCAGAUAAGGACUUAUUCAUCUGCUUCCCAAAUUUCAAUGCUUAUCAGGAGAGGAUCCCAACCGCCAUCUACAUGAAUUCCAUGUGGUUUGUUCAACCAUGAAGCCACAGGGGAUUUCAGAAGAAGACAUUAAGUUGAGGGCUUUUCCAUUCUCUUUGACGGGAGCAGCUAAAGACUGGUUAUAUUGCCUUCCAGCUGGAUUUAUUACAAAUUGGAUUUAUAUGAAGAAAGCCUUUUUGGAGAUAUUUUUCCCAGCUUCUAGGACUGCAACUAUCAGGAAGAGCAUUUGUGGUAUUCAACAAGUAGUGGGAGAGACUCUUUAUGAUUAUUGGGAGAGAUUCAAGAAGCUGUGUUCGAGUUGUCCACAACAUCAAAUUAGUGACCAGCUCCUUGUUCAAUAUUUUUAUGAGGGUUUACUUCCCAUGGAUAGGAGCAUGAUAGAUGCAGCAGCUGGAGAAGCUUUGGUGAAUAAGACUCCAAAUCAAGCAAGAGAGCUAAUUUCAAAUAUGGCGGAAAACUCACAGCAAUUUGGGAGUAGAGCUCUUGGUACUAGAGUGGUUAAUGAAACUCAUUUGGUUUCAACUGAACAACAAGAAAUUAGGAACAAUUUGCAAGAAUUGACUUCUCUAGUAAAGCAAAUGGCGUUGCAAAAUUCGAGUCAUGUUUCAAAUUUUCCUUUACCAAUGAUGAAGUUGUGUGGAAUUUGUGCAAGCCAAGAUCACUCUUGGGAUCAUUGUCCUAAUCUACAUCAAGAUGAAUCCGUUGUAGUCAUUUCAAGACCUCAAUUUCAGCAACACAAAUAUGAUCCCAACUCUUCAACUUACAAUCCGGGAUAGUGGGAUCACCCUAAUUUGAGGUAUGGGAAUGCAUUUUAUUAGGAACAACCACAAGGGCAGAUUCAUCAACCAUAUUAUCAGCAUCAACAGAAUCAACAUUAUUACCAGAAUCAUCCAGCAAGUCAUUCACAGCAAUUUCAGCAACAACAGCAACCUUAAUUUUAGCAAAACUUCAGCCAAAAUCAGCUAUUUCAACCAUUUCAGAAUUUCCAGCAGUCAAAUAUUGCAAGUCAGCCACAGUUUCAGAAUUCACAAAAUCAACACACAAAUUUCUAGCAUGUUCAGCAACCUUUGCAGAAUUUCCAGCAGCCAAGUAGUGCAAAUCAGCACCAAUCUCAGCUUGCACUGCCUUCUUCUACAAGCCCAAGAUCAAUGCAACCUCAGCAGAACUUUAGCAGCUCAAAAAUUGAGGAUUUGAUGCAGCAAGUGCUUCAACAGCAACAGCAAAUGAUGCAACAGCAGCAACAUCAGCAAAGGACUGAUACAACACUGCAAAAUAUUGAAAGGCAGAUUGGGCAGCUGGCUAGUAAUAUUAAUCAGAUGCAAAAUCAAGGAUCUGGACAAUUGCCUUCACAACCGACUCCAAAUCCUAAAGGAAAUGUGAGUGCAUUAACUCUUCGCAGUGGUAAAACAAUUUCAGACCCCAAAUCCGAAUUUUUCAGCAGGAGCACAGCAGAAUAUUUCCAGGCCAUUUGCAACUUCGAGUUCACAGAAUUUCCAGAAUUUUCCAGCGAAUUCAGAGCAGCCAGAUUUUGCACAGCAUGGGAGUAUUGGAGCUGAUCAGCAACAUUUUAAUCGACCUGCAACUUCAGAAUCCGAUCAAUUAGAUGGAGCAGAUUUCGGCUUGGAAUUUACUCCAGCAGCAACUUCAAAUUCAGCUCCAAAUUCAGCACAGAAUCUGGAAAAUUCUGCACAGAAUCUGGACAGCAAUAUUACCCAGCAAGGAGCUGAGUCUUCCAUUCCGUUACCUUUCCCUCAAAGAAGUGUACAACCAAGAAAAGAAAUGGAGGAAGAAAAGGCUAGGGAAUAUCAAGAAUUGGUGAAAUUAUUCAGCAAGGUUGAAGUGAAUGUGCCUUUGCUUACCAUGAUCAAGCAAAUUCCAAAAUAUGCCAAAUUCCUCAAGGAUCUUUGUGUGCACAAAAAGAAAUUAAAAGGGAAUGAAUUGAUAAGUAUGGGAAAGAAUGUUUCAGCAUUACUUCAGCUAGUACUUCAGAAGUGUGAAGAUCCAGGAGUUUUCACCGUGCCUUGUGUGAUAGGAGAUUGUAUCUUUGAGGAUGCGAUGUUAGAUCUUGGAGCUUCUAUUAAUGUGAUGCCUAAAUCAGUUUUUCAGUCAUUAAGAAUUGGACCUUUGCAGCCUACAGGUGUAGUGAUUCAGUUGGCCAACCGUAGUCAAGCAGACCCAGCAGAAGUGAUUGAGGAUGUAUUGGUAAAAGUGAGGGAGUUAAUUUUUCCUGCAGAUUUUUACAUCUUAGAUAUGGAGGGUGAUGUGAUUGCAAACAGGGCUCCGCUUAUUCUUGGACGUCCAUUCUUGAAGACUGCUAGAACCAAGAUAGAUGUACAUGCAGGAACUCUUUUUAUGGAGAUAGGAGACACAGUGGUUCGUUUCAGCAUUUUUGAGGCUAUGAAGCAUCCUAGAGAGGAUCAUUCUAUACUUAGCAUGGAUAUCUCGGAGGAGUUGGAUGGCAUGGAGUUCUUGUCAGAUAUUGAUUCAGACUUAGAGGUUUCUGAUUUUGGUAUGGAGAAUGAAUUCGUUGCAUUGUUGGAAGAUAUUUUAGAUGUGGAAUCUGAUGUUAACUUAAGUGAAUGUGUAGGGGAUUGCUUAGGAGAAGCAUUACCCUUAGGAUCGCUCAGAGAGGAAGAGGUAUGUGUAGGGGAUUGCUCAGCAGCACUACCCCCAGAAUCACCUACUAUUGACCAGACACAGGAGGAAUUGAAGCCAUUACCUCGGCAUUUGAAGUAUGCCUAUUUGGGAGAGAAUCAGCAGCUACCUGUCAUCAUAGCUCAGAAUUUGGAACCGGAUCAGGAGGAACGAUUGCUAGAGAUUCUGAGACAGCAUAAGAAGGCAAUUGGAUGGACUCUGGCAGACAUUCCUGGGAUCAGUCCUUCCAUUUAUAUGCAUAAGAUUCAUUUAGAGGAGGAUGUGAGGCCAGUGAGAUAGCCACAGAGACGACUGAACCCUUUGAUAUUGGAUGUGGUAAAGAAGGAGGUGAAUAGACUCUUACAGGCUGGCAUUAUUUAUCCGAUUUAUGACAGUAAAUGGGUCAGUCCCAUCCAUAUGGUUCCGAAGAAGUCAGGAGUGACAGUGGUAGCUAAUGAAGAGAACGAACUGGUGCCCACGAGAGUGAAGAAUUCUUGGAGAGUAUGUGUGGACUAUAGGAAGCUGAACCAAGCAAGCCGAUAGGAUCAUUAUCCACUUCCUUUUAUUGAUCAGAUGUUAGAGUGGCUGGCAGGUAAAUCCCAUUAUUGUUUUCUUGACGGUUAUACUGGUUAUUUUCAGAUUUGCAUCGACCUAGAGGACCAGGAGAAGACUACCUUCACCUGCCCUUUCGGUACAUUUGCAUAUCGUAGGAUGUCAUUUGGACUGUGCAACGCUCCAGGUACUUUUCAGCGAUGCAUGGUGAGUAUUUUUGGUGAUUUAUUAGAGCAUUGCAUGGAAGUAUUAAUGGAUGAUUUGUAUGUUUAUGGUUCUUCUUUUGAUGCAUGUUUGGAAAAUUUGUUUCGAGUUUUGAGUAGAUGUAUCGACACGGAUUUGGUUUUAAAUUUUGAAAAGUGUCACUUUAUGGUAGAGCAUGACAUUGUUUUAGGUCAUAUAGUCUCUAGGAAGGGCAUUGAAGUAGAUCCUGCUAAAGUUAGCGCUAUAUCUUCUUUAUCUUAUCCCGCAUGUGUGCGGGAAGUUCGAGCUUUUCUUGGCCAUGCAGGAUUCUACAGGAGAUUUAUUAGAGAUUUCAGUAAGAUUGCUCUGCCAUUGUCUCAGCUGCUUCAGAAGGAUGUUCUGUUUGAUUUCGAUCAGAGGUGCAGAGAGGCUUUUGACAGAUUGAAGGAGGCUCUUCAGAAGGAUGUUCAACACCUAUUAUCAAACCCCCAGACUGGUCCUUACCUUUCGAGUUGAUGUGUGACGCUUCAGAUUAUGCAGUGGGAGCUGUACUAGCACAGAGAGUGGAUGGAGCACCACAUGCUAUUUGCUACACUUCCAAGACUUUGGACUCAGCUCAAGCAAACUACACAACAACAGAAAAAGAGCUUCUUUCUAUUAUUUUUGCUUUAGAUAAAUUCAGAUCAUAUAUUCUUUGUUCUCAUGUGAUUAUUUUUUCUGAUCAUGCAGUUUUGAAGUAUCUCCUCAAGAAGCCUGAUGCAAAGCCUAGAUUAAUUAGAUGGAUGCUUCUUCUUCAAGAAUUCGACGUAGAGAUACGUGAUAGGAGUGGGAAGGAGAACUUGGUUGCCGAUCACUUGAGCAGGAUUGAAGGAGACGUGGACCAUUCGGCUAUUGAUGAUGAUUUCAGCGAUGAGCAGCUUCUACAGCUGCAGGGUGAGUCUCCAUGGUUUGGAGUACCCAGGGCGAUCAUAAGUGAUCAAGGGUCUCAUUUUUGUAACAGACACAUGAAGGCUUUGCUACAUAAGUACGGGGUUACACAUAAAGUUUCUACAUCAUAUCAUCCUCAAACAAAUGGGCAAGCAGAAGUGUCUAACAGGGAGGUGAAAUCAAUUCUUGAAAAGACUGUGAGACCGGAUAGAAAGGAUUGGAGUAAGAGACUUGAAGAUGCACUAUGGGCUUAUAGGACUGCUUUCAAUACCCCUAUAGGAAUGUCUCCAUACAGGAUUGUGUAUGGAAAAGCUUGCCAUUUACCCGUGGAGAUUGAGCAUAGGGCAUAUUGGGCGGUUAAAGCAUGCAAUCUUGAUAGUGAAACGGUUGGAGAAGAAAGGAAAUUGCAACUUCAAGAACUUGAAGAGAUUAGAUUGGAAGCUUAUGAGAACUCACGGAUUUAUAAAGAAAAGACCAAGAGAUUUCAUGGCAAACAAAUUGAGGUGAAAGACUUCCAAAUUGGUGACAAAGUACUUUUAUAUCGAUCUCGUCUCAAAUUGAUUAAAGGUAAGUUGAGAUCUAGAUGGGAAGGACCUUAUUGUGUUACUAAUGUUUUCUUUUAUGGAGUGGUUGAGAUCCAGGAUAUGUCUACUAGCCGGAUUUUUAAAGUUAAUGGAUAAAGGCUUAAAAAGUUUCAUGAAGGAGUUAAGGGCUUGGUGGUGGAGGAAAUGGAACAUGUUGAUGCUAUCUACCCGAGUCAGAGGGGAGUUUCACUUUAUCUUUUGUUUCUUUGCAAAUGAAUAAAUUUUUGGUGCUAGUAAUGUUCUUAUUUGUUUAGGAAAAGUUUCGGUUUCAUUUAGAAUUUUCUUGCAUAAAUAAAUUUUGAAUCUCAUUAGUAGUUUUUAUUUUUACAUAGUUAUAGUUUUGGAAUUUAGGUUUUAUGUUCAUGAUAGUUACCAUUUCUUUGAGUUUGAUAGUCUUUGUUUUAGGAAUAAAUGGUUCUUCCUUCUUUUGACAUUUCUUUGUAUCAUUUUUAGGGAUUUGAAAAGGAAUGUUAAAUUUGAUUAUCAUGUUUAAAGACUUUAUGGCAUGAUUGAACUCUAGGAUUGCAAGAGGUUGAUACUAGUGAUGGAUUCUUUAUUGAUGCACUUGUAGCUUAUUUCACUCUAGAACUUGCUUCAAAUCUGAUUUAUACCUUUAGAUCAUUGUUGAGUCAUUUUUAUGAAACUUACUCCAUUAUCACAUUGCCCUCACAUAUUUUUGCUAUUUCUCUUGUCAUGAAUCAUCUUAUCUGUAUUCUUUUCUCAUGUUCUAUUUCUUUGGAUGUGGUUAAUUUGGAUAAUAUGUGAUGAUUUUGUUUGGUCGGGACGGACAAAUGAGUAAGUGUGGGGGAGGUGUUUAGUUUGGAAUUGGAGUUCUUUUGAGCUGGAAUCAGAAAUGUAUUAAGCUGGAAAGAGGAAGCACAGUGGGAGUUGGCUGUGUUAUAUUGUUUCAGUAAUUGAUACAUUUGAGUGUGAGAAGAUAUAUUGUGAUCAGCUUAAAAUUCUGGAAACUGAGUAGCUGUGGAAAUCUGUAGGAAUUCAGGUGCGGAGCUGAAAUCUUGUGUAUCAGUUUUAGUAUCAAAAUUAGAAUGCAAGAUUCUAAGUGAAGGAAGUUUAGUUAGAAUUUGAGAAGAUGUUGAAACAAAUGGUAUACAAUAUUUUUAUUGCAUAUGCAAACACAAGGAAUGAUGGCUUCAGAAUUUAUUCCGGGCACAAAAGAAUGCCGGAACAAUUCAGUGAGGAAAUUGAAGGAAAGGGGCAGCAAUUGAACUAAUACAGUGAGGAAAAUGCCAGGAACAGAAUUCAGAAAAACAUAAACAACAACAAACUAUGCAACUCUGAAUUAUCAGACUUUGAAAACCUUAGGAACUCUUAAGAUUCCAGCAGCAAUUGUUAUUUAAAUCUUGAUAGCACUCUCAAUCGACUGGAAGAAUUCUGGUAGUAGUAACUUGCUGAAAUUCUGAAUUUUCAGCAACUUCUAAGUGAUGUUAUUAGCUGAAAUAAGAUGGAAAUCAAGCUAUCUUUUGAGUUAAAUGAUUGUAAAGAUCAGUGAGUUGUUGCAGCAUGAAGUGAAGCAGCAACAUCAGGUGAGGAUACUAAGUAUUAAGUUGAAAAUUCAGAGAACGGUGAAGAAGAUUGUGACAUUCUGUGAAGAUGAAGUUGAGAGCUGUUGGAGUAUUAAAAAAAAAAAAAUUCAGCAAUGGUUUCAAGGAGAAGAAAAGCUCAGCUGAAGUGUUGAAAUUUGAAGUAACAAAUGGGACGUUAGCAUAAAUAGCUUCUACAAAAAUGCAAUUCAAUCACUGAAAUCUAGAAAUGGCAAGUCAUUUGAUAGUACUUGAAAGGCUGAAUUUUGGUGAAUGAGAGGAGUAAAAGAAGACAAUGAUAGCUCUCAAGUUGGGAAGUGAAACUCAAUUCAAUGAAAAAUAAGUGAAAAUCAAAAGGAAGGGUGCUGGAAUGACAUUAAUGAUAGUGCAGAAACACAUAUUGUGCAGAUUUGCAGGGAAAUGGCAGUUUGUGCCAAUUUGGAAUGAGAAUUGUGAUGAGCCAGGGCUGCUGGAAAAUGGAAGGUUUUUGGAUAUGCAUUGUAAGGGUCUGUAGAGACAAUAUGAAGGUGUAUUGAAAAUUUCUUGUGGCUAAACAUGUUAGAUUGAUACAAAGUUCAACACUAAGACAAACUGAAAUCAGAGGUUGAACACAAACUGAACUAAAUUGUAGCCUGAGUUCGGGGCUGUUUGUAGCAGGUUAAAGCUCAAAGUGAAGCUGAAAUUUCGUGCUACUGAAAAAGAUGAGGUUAAGUAUGACUGCAGUCAAAUGCGGAGAGAUGUGCAGACAAACUGAAAUCAGAGCAUCCUACUUUGGGGAAACAGAACAGUCUUGUGCCAAGCAGAAUUCUGCUGGUUAAUGUCAACUUUCUGGUUAUGCGAAUCUGAAAUGAAUGGAACUUAAACCAUCAUUGUACAUCAGCAAAUGAACUAUCUUCAAAGGUCUACUAGCUAGGGAAACUGGGCUGGAAUGACUUGAAACAAAAUCAGAAAUUGAAAGGCAGAUUCAUGUUUCUAUAGCACAGAAACUAUUAAUUAUCAGAAUUUCAAUGUGAUUUUAAGGAAUGGAUGAAACUCGGAUCAUGUGAUGAAUCAAAUCAAAGAACUACAGAUUCGAUUGAAUAUUUUGAGGAACCUGCAAUUAGAGAUUUGCAGAAACAGGAUUUUAGUGCCAAAGGAAACAAGAGGAAGAUGUGAAGAGAAAUGAAGAAAAAAAAUGGAAGGCUGUAUAAUCUGCACUAUAAAUGAAGUGGAGUAAAAGGAAGAGUCAAAUUAGAGUGUUUGCAACACCAAAUCAGUAACAAGAAGCAAUGGAAUGAAGAAAUGCGGAACUUCAUGCUUGGCUGAAAUUGAACAUCACAUAAUAUUCUAAUUCCAUGUCUUCCACCUUGAGUUGAACUUUAUCUUUUUAUUUACUCUAUCAGAAUUAAUUCUUCCCUUUACAUUUUAAUUUGCUCUUCCUCCCAAUGGUUGUGAAUUUUCAUAAUUAUGCAUCUUGAUAUUGUGAUGAAGGUUGAAUUAGAUGAAAAGCAAGCUUAUGGUGGUGGUUUUGCUAUGAGUAGCUUGAGUGCCCUCCACCUUUGCAAGAUUUGAGAUUAGUAGAGAGCCACCUCAAAUUACCUUGGGAGAAUUAGAAAUAUUAUCAUUUUCAUUUUAUUCACGAUGGAUGAAAUUUACUAAGUAUUGAACCAAGGUGAAAAUAGAGGUCAUCAAUGUGUGAGUCUAUGAAACUUGAUACUUACAUAUAACUUCCUUUUACUUUGUUUUGGACAUGAUCAAGACUAGUUAGGAGAAGGAGGUACCAUCUUAGUUGUUAUUUUAGUGGGUUCACUUGCAUGAGACGUGCAAGAAUAAGUGUGGGGGAUUUGAUAAGCUAUGAAUUGACACAUUAAUUUUGGGUUAAUAUUUGGUAUUCUUUAUAUAUUUGCACAUGUUUAAUUCCAAUUUUGAUCAUGUUUCCCCAAACAAGGUUUUUAUGAGCUUAUGAUGUUUUUCCAUCUUAUGCAUGAUUUAUUUCUCAUUAUGUGAAUUUGGUCUUGUAGGGUACUAAUGGGUUCAUGAUUCAAGUGGAGGCAUGGUUCACUCAACCAAAUGGAGCCCAAAACCCUAACUGACCCCAAUUGAGCUUGGAUUAGAGUCAAAACCCAGCUGGACCAAACCCUAAGUAUAAAAGGGAAUUUUUGGCACGGUGAACAGUGAGCUCGCGCUAUUGUUCAUCGUGCCAGUUUCUUGACGGCGCGAACGCAGCCCCCUCUCUUCGUCCAGAUCUUCCAUCCAGCUUGUCUUCGUCGGCUCAGCCACCAGUGAUCAGAUUCCGACCAUAGUGCUUCGCCAGAAAUAAGAUUUCGCGCAUGGAUUACUGUUCAUGCGAGUCGCGCGUUUUCUCUCGGGUUGGAGGUGUUCUUCCGAUUUGAGCUUCCCCUCCACUACAGAAUCAUCGGCGGUGGUCCUCCGGUGAUUCUGAGUCAUUUCCGACAUCACUUCAUCUCUCACAGCUUCUUUCUAGCGUCGCAUCUCCAGAAUCAGGAACCCCAGAAUGCGACAGAGCAGAACGCCUGUGUUCCGGGUUUGUUGAAGAUUUCUGUGGUUCGUUCAGUGAAUCUGAGUUCAUUUUGAAGCUUGAGGGAACCAUAUCGAUAACAGUUGGAGUGUUCUCUACUGUUCCCUUGUGUGACGGCAAGGAGAAGACAAGUUUGGUCCGAGAUUUGGGUGUAGAGAUGAUUAGCUUUCCUGAACUUUGUUUCUUAGCUUAGAUUAUCCUGUUCUUGAAAUUUUGUUCUUGAAUUUGUUAGUUUAUAGUUUGGAUUUAGUUGUAGUUUCAUUUUCUA